AUUCAUGGCCUUGCCAACAACCAUGUCAUCCCCAGCUCUAUCUACUUUACCAACCUAUGUAUCAACGUCAAAAUCACGUCUACAGUCGCUGUAUUCCGAUAUUCACAGACAGAAGCAUUCUAAUCCUUCUUCCUUCCAUGCUUACGUUGACUGGUGGCAUGGGACGUUAAAGGAUGUCAUUUCGCGAGGUUGGCAGGGAAGCGAUGGGUCUGACGGAACAAGCAACAAACUCAUCCUAGGAGCACGAAGAGCUCUGGUGGACAAGUUGCGAUAUGAAGGUGUUGGCAAGCCUCUCGGACUCGGAACCACCAUAGCCGAGAUGCGACGAAAUAACGAUCUAAUACCACUUUCCCAGUUUCUUACUUCACAGCAGUCUAUGUAUGACCCAGGCUGGCUCCCAUACCGAAUUGCUUCCUUCGUGGUCGGAAAACCACUAUGGUGGGCGAUGGAACAGCUUGACAUAGUCCGCUCAGAAGACUCUUAUACAGAAGCUGAGAUGUGGAAGAAGAUAGAAGGGGACUACGUCAUGCUUGGGCUUGUUGUACAGGCUGCUGAUACCCUUGAAACUCUGCGAGGCGGCACCGGAAUCAGCCCGGCCGACAACCUGUACACAUUCGAAGAAUUUCGCAAGGAGUUUGGUGCCAAGGUCUUACCCGGGGUUGUGCUGAGCGAGAUAGACACAAAAGUCCUGAUCAAACACCUCGAACGAGAAAGACGCGUGGUUGUACAGAUCGGCGAUGUCAUUAAAUUUGUGACAGCAGACCAUGACCGGGAAAUCACUGCUGUGGACCGAGGCAUUCUUGAGCUCAAGACGGCAGUGAGAAACCUGCGUGAACAGGUCGAUAACAUCCAGAAGAAAAUUGAUCAGACCACCUCAAAUAUUUCGAAGGCCCUGCGUCAGCAGCGCAAGUCAAUUGCGCUGGCAGAGCUGCGGUUCAAGAAACAUUUGGAUGACUCGCUCUCAAAGCGUCUGGGAUCACUUCAUAAUCUAGAGUCAACAUUGAUUAGCGUCGAGACGGCUGGGGGUGACAUAGAAAUUAUGAAGACGUACGAGAGCUCGACGGCAACUUUGAAAGCGAUCCUUAGCCACCCCUCCCUUCAACGCGACAAGAUUGAAGAGACAAUGGAUGCACUUGCGGCAUCGACUGCUGAUGCGCGCGAGAUAGACGAUGCCAUCCGAAUGGGUGGAGACAUGGUUGCGGUAGAUGCGGGCAUAGAUGAUACGGAGCUAGAAGCUGAGCUGAACGCGUUAGUGGAAGAGGUAGAGAAAGAGAGGGCUGGAGCGGUUGAGCAGGCGGUUUUGGAGAAGCUUCAUAGUAUUGAAGCUCAUGUCCCAGAAGUCGCACCAGUUGAGGCUGAGGCAGCGCCCAGGCGGACGGCGGAGGCAGCAUGAGAGGACACUUACCAUAAUUAGCAUACAACGUUCCUAACUUGAUGACCGUGACGCAAUCUCAGCUUAUGACCACC